AUGCCUCUCGUUCUCAUAUCAGGAUAUCCUUCCGCGGGGAAAACAACACGAGCCCUCCAGCUCAAGACGUAUUGCGAGUCCAAGAUCGCCGGUACCAGAGCCGAUGUGGAUGCGCGCGCCAGCCGACUGAAGGUGCAUCUCAUUAACGAUCAGACACUUGGUGUCUCACGCUCUGUCUAUCAUACCGCCAAAGCCGAGAAGGAUGCGCGUGCGGAGGAAUAUUCUGCCGUAAAGCGAGUCCUCUCGCGCGAUGACAUCGUUAUCGCCGAUGGUUUGAACUACAUCAAGGGCUUCCGCUAUCAGCUAUACUGCGAGGCAAAAGCAGUGUCGACGCCCAGCUGUGUGGUGCAUGUAGGCACGCCCGCUGAUAAAUGUCGUGAGAUCAACACAUCACUCUUGGCAGAUAAGGACAAAGAUGGAGGGUAUGAAGAGGAAGACUUCGAGAACUUGAUCUUCAGGUACGAGGAGCCAAAUGGCAUGACACGGUGGGACAGCCCCCUGUUCAUCGUUGUACAAGAAGACGAAACUGCCUGGUGUGACCAGGUGUGGGACGCCCUCGUAGGCAGUGACGGGAAGGCUAAGGUUGUCAGACCUCACCAGGCGACAGUGCUGAAACCUGCGACCGAGCAAAACUACCUCUACGAACUUGACAAAACAACGUCCGACGUCGUUGCUCAGAUAACGACAUACCAAAAGGACCAUGCAGGAGAGGGAGGUGGACAGAUAACGGUCCAAGACGUCCAGAGGCCCCUCGAGCUACCCGCAACGCCAAUGACCUUGCCGCAGCUGCAGCGCAUACGCCGCCAAUUCAUUACCAUGAACCGAUCGCACAGCUUUUCGAAAGCACGAAUAAGAGAGGUCUUCGUGGACUUUCUCAACAACGAGUUCCUGCGCUAG